CUUGUACGCAGUUUCCCUGCCGAUCCCGGGCAUUAUUGUGGAUCGUGUUCAUUCUCUGUCCCCGACCUUGUAUUAUUAUUAUUCUUAUUGCGAUCCUUGCCCUUUCGUCGUCUUUUCUUUUUCCCUUCUAUAGUCUUUCUUCGACCAUAUUCCUAACCUCCUCCUGAGAUAUCACCAAUCCGAACUGCAUUCCCCAGUCUAGCCUUGUCAUCCUCCUGAAGGUUUCCAUUUUCCGGUCGCCUCUUAUCGCCGCGCUCAUCCCUGGAAGUGACAUCGGCACUGUGAUCCCGCCCACUCCGUAUCAUCACCACAGCCUCCCAAAUCCCCCGGCCUUAUCUCCGAAUUUUGUGCAACAUAGAACCAGAGCAUGCGGUCGCCUCAGUUGAAUUGAGACUGCGCGAACGAGAUAUACAUAUAUUCGUACAUACAUAUAUAAUUGUCAUCGCAAUGUGGUUUCCAACAGCCUGGUUGCUCAUCGCUCUUUAUGGGUUAUCACUGGCUGCCGUGGGGUCGUCCGCCGUCGAUGUUGAUUUCAUGAGCGUGAGGCCUACUGUGGCCAAAGAAUACUCUGGCAAAGGAGGAGAACCAGGGCCAAAAUACUUCAAGGAAUCCGACUUUCAUUAUCAUUAUGAUGGCCGCUUUGCCGAUCAGGAGCUCUCUGACGACGAAACUAUCCCACACCUGUCGGAACUCAUCCGAACCUAUCUGUCAACAAUGGCAGACCUCGGUGCGGAGACAUGGAUCAUGCACGGAACCCUUCUGGCGUGGUGGUGGAAUCAGAAGAUCUUUCCUUGGGACAAUGACCUCGACGUUCAAAUUUCGGAGCCGACAAUUCACUUUCUGGCCGAUUAUUACAAUAUGACCGAACAUCAUUUCGAGAUUCCUGGGGUCGAGGGCGGAAGGACUUACUUGCUCGAGAUCAAUCCUAAUUACGUCAUUCGGUCUACCGACGACAAGCUGAAUGUCAUUGAUGCGCGUUGGGUUGACACCUCCUCUGGAUUAUUUAUCGACAUCACAGCCGUGCGCAAAGAUGACGAACGACGCGAACAGGGUGACCCUGGCGCUUUGAUGUGCAAGGAUGGUCAUCGCUUUGAUGAGACCGAAAUCUUCCCUUUGCGGAACAGUUACUUUGAGGGUGUUCCUGUCAAGAUUCCGUUCGAGUAUGUCCGACUCCUCAAGAAGGAAUACGGUUCGAAGUCUAUGACGGCUACCACAUUUCAAGGGCACCACUUCAAUGAUGUUACAGAAGUAUGGGAUAAACAAAGGAAGCGUCAGUUCUGGCGCCGCCAGCCAGUCGACGUACCUGUUCGGACCACGCCUCUUGGGCCUCUGUUUCGAUGAUACGCGACCAUUUCCACCAACAUCUAGGGCCUAGCGAGCACAUCGGCGCCUGUCUAUGACACUAAUGAUUUGAUUGGGUUCAAAAUCUUUCUAUAUAGUAGUCACUUGUUUGCAUAUAUAUGGCGUUGGCCUCCGGAGCGCAUCACCACCUAUUCGCAAGUUGGCUACAUUCGGCGUUUGGGUCUUUCAUCGUUAUUCGGCUUUCUUGUCGUCGGCCUUUUCUUCUUGUCAUGACUAUUCAUCUGUUAGAUAUUUUUGGGACCAGGGUCUAUCACUUCUCGGACCAGUGAGCAUUCGAGUCUCUCGAACAGUUCUUGUGAAUACUAUAUUCAUUACACAACU